AGAGAUUGAUACAUCAACGACGAAUAACCCAAAUUUCAUGUCAUUGUCCGUCUGUUAGUGUUUUUUCUUCUUCGAAUCCAGUUGCUUAUAUAUUCUUUCCAUCCUAUUUCCAUUUUCCAGCAAAAUCCCUUUUUUGGGCUUCUUUUGCUUUUGGGUAAAGUUUCUUAUGCUUCAUUCUUUUCAAGGUGAAUGUUAUCUUCUACUCUCAAAGCUAGGGUUUUUCAACUUUUCUGGCUUUAUUCUUCUUCUGUAAGCUUGUUCGAGAUCUUGUUCAGUCCCCAAGCUUAAUACUAACAAGCUAUCUCAAUUUCUUGAUAUUCUUUGGAAAAUGGUGAGAGGGAAGGUACAAAUGAAGAGAAUUGAGGAUGCCACAAGCCGGCAAGUGACUUUUUCGAAACGUAGAAAUGGAAUUAUGAAGAAAGCUUAUGAGCUCUCAGUUCUUUGUGAUGCUGAAGUUGCUGUCAUCAUUUUCUCACAAAAAGGAAGACUCUACGAAUUCUCAAGCUCCAGCAGCAUGCAGAAGGCCAUUGGAAGAUAUCGUGAAAAUACAAAAGAAGCACUGAAAAACAAUAACAGCAUUGAAGUGGAGCACCACAUGGAGCACUUGAAGGAAGAAACAGCAAACAUAGCAAAGAAGAUCGAGAUCCUUGAAGUUUCUAAGAGGAAGCUUAUGGGUCAAGGUAUUGGAUCAUGUUCAAUGAAUGAACUUCAAGAGAUUGACAACCAGCUGGAAAGAAACCUGAAGAACAUCAGGGCACGAAAGACUCAAUUAUUCAAGGACGAAAUAGAACGGUUAAAAGCCAAGGAAAAACAAUUGCUUGAAGAAAAUGAAAGGUUAUCUGAAGAGUGUGGGCUAAGGCGGCAACCAGAAGCACCACCACCUCCCCUAACACGAAUAUCCCAGCAGAAAGAAACAGCAAGCUGUAGCCAUAGUGUCCAGAAUACAGAGGUGGAGACUGAUUUGUUUAUUGGUCUUCCUGACAUUUGUUGGUCGUAGCUGCUGGAAAUAAUUUGCUCAAAUUCGAUACAAGCAUUAAAAGCAUGCAGAUGCAAACAAAUAAGGUAUAUACGAGUGCGAGAUCUUAUUUGUGUUUUUUUCCCUUUGCAGCUUCUUGCUAAAUGUAUCUAUAUUUCCAUGAAUAAUGGGUGUAAAGAAGCCUGAUUUAAUUGCAUAUUCAUAUAGCUUAUUCUCGUUCAUGCAGUAUUAAUUCUAAACUUUUCAUUUUCUCCCAACCCUUCAAACUUAUUAUUUGGAAACUGAAAAACACAGUGAGUGGCUACUAAGAGUUCAUAUUUCCAUUGUCAGAGCAUAAUGAAAGCAAAAAUUUCCUUUUUCAUGUCACAAAAAAGAAAGGAAAAGAAAAGCCCAUUCGGAUUCUAAAAGGCAUUUGGUUGUAGAUGGUUGAGGCAUGAGAUUGGUAAAA